AUGCACUCAUUGCUCAGCCGAGUUCUUGAGCAACGCCAACUCAAUUCGGCUGGUCAACUGUUUACUAUGAAUGAUUAUGAUGUCAUAACCGAUUUGCAUACUGCAUUUCAAUGUAUAAAAAAUAUUUUCAAUAGCUGUGAAUAUGUUGAUAAUCGAAUUGAUCAAAGCGUCGUGGAAAUUGUCAUUGCCCGUAUAACAGCAGCCAUCAGAGAGACCGGAAGUAUUGAAACGUACUCAGCUGAAUUAGUAGAUGUACUGGAUAUCUGUUUACAACAUAAGAUGACAACAUUCGAUGAUAAUGGAAAAUAUGUUGAUAGUCCUCAUUGUAAGAUAGCCAAUGAUCUUCUGAGCUCAUUGUUCCUUCAUUAUAGCAAAAAGAGUGUCAUGACAUUAACAUUGCCGGUGGCCAUAAAGGCAUUAGGCUGUUCCAACCAUGAUCUUGUUCGUAAUGUAACCAGCUACAUAUCAUUAGCAGCUAUUCAUAAUGGCAAGACACUCUCUAACUAUGCAAUCGAUAUAAUAUCUCAUGUCAUUAAAGGAAACUACAGCUUGUUACGUGUUCUGCCACAGAUCUAUUCGGAUAAUCGUGAGCCAUUUCAUGCUCAUCUAUCUCCAUUAAUGGCUGUUCUCGAUGAACAUGCUGCUGACUGUUCAGAGAAACUUUCAUUAUUACAAUUGGCAAGCUUAUUAGCUAAUUAUAAGCCUGAGUUGCUGUUACCAUAUUUGGGACAGUUUGAGAAGUUCUUGAAGUCUCCAUCAACAUGUACAGCUGUUUUGAAUAUCUUCAUGUCAUUGGUCUCACAAGGCAAAGCUGAAAUGGUCUCAUCAUCACUUCCAUCAUUACGCAAAAUAUCUUCUGAUCCUGAGUUUGUUGGAAGUCUUGGAACAAUAACAAAGAUAAUUGGAAAUAUUGGAAGAGUUUCAUUGCCAUUAGCCACAAGAUGUGUUGAUGACUUGAUGGCAUGUGCUCGUACAGCUGAUCCUCUGAUCCUCUCAACUAUUCUGAGUGAAAUUGAAGGCAUAGCUGCUCUGUAUCCUUCAUGCCUUCGACCUUAUUUGGAUAAUUUACGAGAUAUAAGAACUUCAAACACGUCACGGACAAUCGAAAGAAUCAUCGGACUAACAGGCGUCUCAUCUGAUGCAUCUCAUAGCAAUGCUGAAGUAACAGUCAUUCGAGUACCCGAUAAAACGUCGUGUGAUUCUCUCUUAUCCAAAACAUCACUCCGUGGCAACGACAUCAUUACGAGUGGAUCUCGAACUGUUUUUUCCAUAAGUGACUCUCCUGCUGAUUGUUCAACACAAGAACUUGACCGGAAUACUCAUAGUCUUGCCAUGCAAUAUCAAAAUAGAAGUAGUGGAAGUUUAUCAAAGAAUCAAUCGAGAAGUCAUGCAAGCGUUGCCGGAGGAUAUCGUUCAACUAGUGAGAAUGUGACAAUGUCUGGCUCACGUGACUUGUCUGUUUGUGGCUCAGUUGCUGGUGGAUCAAGUAGAGUUCCAGCAGAUUAUGUGACGCGUCCACCACCCCAAUAUCAGCCACCCAAAAUUCAGAAUGUUGCUUUAAACGGCUCAUCCUCAUCUUCUUCCAGCUUCUACACGGGUUCCCAACAUAUACAAAUAGGAAAAGAUGGUCGAGUGCGUCCAGUUCCUUCAAGCGGCCGCCGCAUGGCUUCUCAGUGCUAUGAAACAACGUUUCCUGCCAACGCUGGUCCUAUCACUACAACCAAAAUGUUGCCAUUGACUGAAGAAGAUGAUAAUCGUGAAUGGGAAAAUGGAAAUAUUACGAAGAAGUCGGCAACAGCCUUGGUUUCCGAUCGUUCUGAUGUUGUGCAACAGUUUGUCGAUCACCGACGGAACAAAAUUCGCAGGUUCAUCCAAGAAAUCUCUGCUCGUUUUCCCAUUCCCAUUCAAUGCACAGUUGAAGGCUCGAAAAGUUCCAAGCAUCGGAUGAUCGUUCAUUUCGCUUGUCAGGCUCGAGCUGAGUAUUGUGUCUUUAACGAGGAUUACUUAUUCAACUUUAAAACAAAAUUACCUGCGUCUUGGCUUCAUCUGAUGUUCCUCCAGAUGCAAUCAACAUCUAUUGAAACGACUGGGCAAGUGAUUGCUCAGUCAUCAGCUGCUUACCUGAAACUUUCAAACUGUUGGCAAUGCCUACCUUCCUCUGUAACUAAGAACAGACCAUUUGUCACUCUUGUAACAAGUGCUUUCCCUACAACUAAGGAUCAAGACAGAAUGUUGAAAGAGAUGGAGAACGCAUCGUUCUUUGAUUGCUUCUCAUUAGAUGGACCUUCCAAUCGCUGGCAAUGUUUCAGUUGCUCAAACCCUGAUAAAGUCAAAUCAUUCGUGGAAGAUGGGGCUUGUGCAAAGGUAUUGGAAGGUCAACUUAAAGAGAAACGAGGAAGAUGGCGGUUUGUUCGACGUUGGCAUACAAAAUAUUUUACACUUUCGAGUGCAGCUUUAACUCCAAGCAGUAUAAAGAAUCCGAAUAAUAAUUGGUCAUCCAAUAAUUGUAACAGCAUAGCUUUACCAGCUAUCGAUCUCAAAAAUAUUCGAUCAGUUCGUUCAUUAAGUCGUGGACGGAAGAACAGAAAAUCUCUUCGAAGAGCUUUUGAAAUAUUCACGGCUGACAAUACGACGGUCGUCUUAAAGGCAACAGAUGAGAAGAAAGCUGAAGAAUGGUUGCAAUGUCUACAAAUAGCUGUGGCUCACGCUAGACGUGAAAUUUGA